UUCUUGUCCACCACCAUGGCACCGAAAUCCAAACCAGCGACAAGCAAAGCUCUUACCACAACAGGCCCCAAGGAGGUAAUCUCGCACCCCACCAAGGGCAAGAAAAGAGAGUAUGUUGAAAAACCGACCACGACCCGUGCCCUAAUUCUUCGCAAUGGAAAGCAUGGGGCGAUGGGGACCGGCGAAAUCAUCGCCAGCAACAAGAUCACAGGUCGCGAAAAGCUUGACCUUUUGGCGGAGGAACUCAUCGAAAAGAUGAAAACGGCCGUUAUGACCCCCUUCCGUUUUGAGAAUGCCCUCAGACUAUCAGACUCGCAAUUCGGCAUCUACCGUGACGAUAUCGUCAACUUGAAGGACCCGGAUCUGUUCCGCGACAUCAUUGAGGGUGAACUAGUUGCUCGAACGCGCCCCAAUACUGAACCGCGACGCAAUGCCACUAAUGUCGCCAAGAUAAUCGGUACCAGAGUCCACAACUCGUAUAUGCUUGCUUCGGCAUGGAAGCUUGUGACCGACACUUUGAGGAAGGUCCAGAGUCAAGUGGUGGACGAGAAGAUCUUGAAGUCGAAACUCAAGACGGAUCAGACGCUCAGGAGCGAGUACCUGGUCCUGUUCGAUUUGGUAAACCAUCUGGUGGAUUUGUCCCACAACUACUUAUCGGUGUUGGCCACCACUGCCCCGCAUUACUCAGAAUAUUUCAAGACCAGGCCCAGCGAAGGGUCUGGCGAGCCAGAGGUCAUUUUUGAAUGGAACGACAAAAAAAUCUUGCGAUCAGUUACCCAGUCCUUCUUGGACAGCAUCAUCAUUGAGCUCUGUUUCCCCCAAAGUCCAUUCCCGAAGGCGGUUCUGUACCAGCUUCUGAAGGAAUGUCUUGAUGAGGCACCCCACGAGGGCAAGCGAUUUUCUCAGGCAAUGGCUAAUGCGAUUGGCGACCUCUCGCGUUGUGUCGAGCUUCAGACCUUGUUGGAAGAGCCUUUGUUGGGUCCGGAAUACGAACAAUGGCGGAAUGAACGCCGUGAGAUGCCCGAAGCUUUCGAGAGGUGGAUUGACGCCGGUAUCUUCUCGCGCCAGGCUUCAGGUGAAAUCGGCAAUUGGAAGGACCUAGUUUACCCUCUUGGUGCCACCAAGAAGAAGGAGGUCCUUGAGAAGAUCUGGAAGGGUAUCAACUUGAACUAUAUCAAGGAAGCCGGUAUCGAUAUUGACAGACUCUGGGCUUUGGACGAAUCAUUGACUUUCAAACCUCAAUGGUCUUCUUAUUGGUUUGAGAAACUCGCCGAAGAUUCGGAUGAGGAGGACGAGGACAUCAACGGUCUUCCGCGCGCCAAAGGACAAAAGAAGAAACUCCUUGCUCUCAAGGGCCCCGAUGACGACGAUUCUGCAGACUCCAUGCCCGCCUUGCAGUCGGUAUCUAACAGUUCUGACGACGACGACUAUUCUGAGAUCGACUCUGACGAAGAAGACGAUGACGACGAUUACGAGACAGGCGAGAGCGACUACGAUACAGACGAAGAAGACGAGAUCAGAGAACUUAUUCGUGAGGCCAUGGAAGCAGGCCAUGAAGUAGAUUGGUUCGAUUCAACACCCGCUGACCCUGAGCUCGAUCCUCUCAAGGCGGACGAGAAGAAGGGUAACCCUUUCUUAAAGGCGUUGGGUCGUUUAUUCAAGUCUGACCCCAAGGUGAAGCCAACCGCAGCUCGAACCGAGCCCAGGCCCAAUGCUCGUGGUGCAUUCCGAGCAACCCCUACUGGCGUGCCUAAGCCUGUGCCCAAGACCGCGCCACCCAAGCCCACUCCUGCUUCUGCGAAGCAACAACAACAGCAGCAGCAAGCCCCUGCUUCUCACAAGACCACUAUGGAAGAAGUCGAGGACGAAGACGCAGUCACACCUUCCGCCGGCAAGAAAAAGAAGAAGAAGAAGCCCAAGAAGAAGAGGACUGGCGAUGAAGCAGAGGCUCCUGAUAGCCCUCGGCCUGCCGCUGCCCAAGCCGCGCCUACGUCGCCCACUUCGCCAACGCUUGGUCGCUCGACCAUCGGCGCUUCCGCUUCAACUCUCAACAUCCCUGUGGAAACUACCCAGGCACAAUCCUCGCACUCGUACCUUAAGCAACUUGAAUCAGACUUCCAGCAGAAGGCUAAGAUCAAGUCUCGUCCUGACCAUGCCUCUAUCUUCUCGGGUUCCAUCCACGAAACCAAGAAGGGCGGACUCUUGUCGAAGAUGGGCUUCGGCAAGAAGGAAGAGGAUCACGGUGACAAGAACCCCAAAUACACUUGGUUCUCGAGGCUGAGCAAGAAAGCCACCGAUUCCAUGCAUCAGUUGCUCAAGACUAGUGAGGAUGCGGGUAGGCAGCCUGCCCCAAUGAAAUGGGAGACAUUCUUGAAGCUUAUGAGGGAGAUGGGCUUCGAGUACGAUCCCAGUACAGCAGGCUCUAGUGUUCGUUUCGACCCUCCUGACAAGAGGGACAGGUCCAUCACCAUUCACAAGCCCCAUCCUGAUCCAACUCUCAAUCCGAUCAUGCUGAGGAACAUUGGCAAACGCUUGAAGCGUUACUACGGGUGGAACGAAGAAGAUUUCAUCAAACAAACACAAGAAAUUAGUUCGAGAAAGUAA